CUAAAGACAGUAAUACUCCAUCUACAAUGGAGGUAGUAAGCUAAUAAGAUGAUGCAUUUUUGGGUGAUAUCGGCAUAAUUGAUAUGGCGGACAAUGAGCGAUCGGCAACAAUUUAUACAGUCACCGAUGAAAAAUUGAACAUUACAUUUUUCGUCGGUGAAACUAUCGAAGACUUGUGCAUAAAGAUAUGUAAACUCCUCAAAAUAAGUCCAGUGGCGAGACAUCUGUUCGCAUUGCGAAAUUAUUCUUCAAAACUAUGGUUGCCAUACGGACACAAGCUCAAAGGCAGGGACAAGAACAAAUUCGACUUUCGCAUGAGAUUCAAGCCACGGAGCAUACAGAAACUAAAACAGAUAGAUGAACAAGCUUAUGAUUAUUAUUUCCAGCAAGUUCGUGCAGAUAUAAUGAAUAAUAGAGUACCUGAUAUUGUCUAUGAGAAGCAUAAAGAGGAAUUAAUUGGCUUAGGAGUUAGUGAUAUGUACAGAGUAAUGCUUGAAAAAAACCUACCACGGGAAACUGUAGAAUCAGAAUACAAGAAAUAUAUUCCCAAAGAAUGCAUUAAAAGGCAUGCCUUUUUUGUUAAGAAACCUAUUUAUAAUGCACUGGCAGGCAUAUCUAAAGAGCAUCUGGAUGCUUCAUAUGUAAAAGAACAAUAUUUGCAGCAAUUCGAACGUAUGGCACCAAACUAUUUAUAUGAAGAAUAUAAAGCAAUAAUGAAGCAAGGUGUUUCUAAUAAUAAAGAUUCUAAUUCAAAAGAAGAUUCUAAUCCACCAGUUGAAGUUUUAGUUAGGAUUAACAGAGAGGAAAUAAAAUAUUAUGAAACUAUUAAUGAUUGGAAAACACUUUGCACUAUAGAAGAUCUUUGUCUUAUUUCUAUAAUACAGAAUAACAUUGUGCAAAUUUCGAGAAAGAACGGCGUACCAUCGUGUUUAGAAUUCAUGGAACAUACAAAUGAAAUGUUAAUGUCUUUUAUAUCCCUGUUGGAUGGAUAUUACCGUUUGUCCAUUAAGUGGACUUUCAAUCUCUGUAAUGAUGUUACCACACCUACCCUAGACAGAUUACAUAAGUUAAGGUGCCAUGGACCAGUUGGAAAAGAAUUCUCAUGUGCAAAACUCAAAGAAAAACAUGCCAAUAAACCAGGAACUUAUUUAUUACGGGAGAGCGAAACCGAGUAUGGUGUUUACUACAUUGAUUUUUGUAAUAAAGCUGGGAAAAUACAAUCACAAAAAGUGGAACAGAUUGGUUCGAAUGAAUUUUUAUUAUCAGAUUCAUGUUCACAGAGCUACCGUUCAUUGGGGCAUUUAAUUUCUUCAUUCCAAGAUCCCGCCAAUUCAUUGUAUCUUGAAUAUUGUUCACCACCUUCAGAAUAUGAUAUAUCACCAUUAUUAAUUUGCGCUUCGGAAAACAUUACGAGUGAAUUAGUGGCAGCCGAAGAGAUAAUUGCUCCUCUAUUGGAAGGUGGACCGCGAUGCGUGUCACGGAAUCAAUUACAGAUAAAUAGAAUGUUCUGCAAACGCAACAAGAAUUUUACUCCCACCACGUCAGCGACGAGUGUAUAUCUAGCGACAUGGCAAUUCGCUAAAGGCAAAGAACACAAAAUUGCAUUGAGGAUACUCAAGAAUAAUAGUUAUACUGAAGAAUUUCUAGAACUAGUUGAUAAGUGGGGCAAAUUAAAGUCGGAUUCUCUGAUUAGAUUAUAUGGCAUAAUUGUUGCCCCAUCAAUUGGAAUGUUAUGCGAAUUUGGGAAAUUAGGUCCAUUAGACGAGUAUUUGCGCAAUAACUCUGAAAUUAUAGAAACAGCCGAUAUGGUCGAAGCCGCUGCCUGUCUGUCAACAGCUUUAUGGCACUUGGAAGAGAAUCGUGUAGUUCAUGGGAAGAUAAGGUGCGCGGGAGUUUUCGUACAUAUCCAUAUUAAAAAGGUCAGUUUUAUUGUUAAAUUGGGAGAUCCUGGUCUUUUUACUUACACUGAGAAUGAUAUACCUUGGAUACCACCAGAAUGUUACGCAAAUCUAACAUUUGCAAAAACAAGUUUUCAAGCAGAUAUGUGGGCACUAGCUACAACCAUGUGGGAGAUAUUCUCCAGAGGGAGUUCUAUACCUAUAUAUCCUAAUGCUGAUACUGUUAAAAAGUUUUAUCAAUAUGGAAAACAUUUACCGCAACCUGCUGACUGUCCGAGUAAAAUCUAUAAAUUGAUGUUGGAAUGUUGGAGUGAAAAAAAUACAAGGAAACAACCUCACGCCAUUAUGCGAGAUACAAAUGAUAUUUUGUUCCGAGAAUACAAAGUCCGUCCUCAUACUUACACUCAUUUGACAUUUCCAUCCACAAUCUCGUCUAUAAUCUCUACAAUUGCCAAUGGUGAUAAAAAUAACGAUAGCAACGAUGAUUUAGAAGAAAGAAGAUUAAAUAAUGAAUCGCAUACGAAUAAUUUAGCCACUGAUCGUAUCAAUUUAAUUUGGGAUGAUCAUAACGAUACUUCCAAAAGACAGGUAUACGAUGAUCAAAAUUCCACCAAUACCAAGACAUGUCAAGAUAUGGAAGAUAUCUCACUUUAUUUUCACCAUAUAUGUAAAACCAUGAUGACCAAUUGUGUUCGGAUUUCGGACGGUAGUGGCAGUUCUCAUAUAAAUCGCGAUAUCAUUGAUGACAUAGAUAAAAACUUUCUCGGUGAGAUGGAGGAAAACGGAGAGUGGCAUGUAUUUAAGCGGGAACGCAUAGGUCAAGGUUUUUAUGGUGAAGUAUUCAAGGGUAUUAGGACCAAUGCGAGGAACAAUGAAGUACAGGAGAUAGCUAUCAAAAUGUUAAAGACACAAACGAAUGAUUUUGAAAGAACGAAUCAGAACGAUUUUGAAAGAGAAAUUGAGAUCAUGAAGACUCUCAAGCAUCCGAACAUUGUAGAAAUUCUGGGCAGUAUAUUAGAUCCAGAAAAAUGCCUGAUUAUGGAAUUUGUCAAGCACGGCUCGUUACAGCAGUAUUUAAAUACACAUAAAUCGACUCUGACAUCUAAGAGAUUGCUAUCUUUCUCGCUGGAUAUUGCCACUGGAAUGGACUAUCUUGGUUCCAAGAAUAUUGUUCACAGAGACCUAGCAGCAAGAAAUAUCUUGGUGGCAAGCGAAACUCGAGUAAAAAUCAGUGACUUUGGUCUUGCACAAAAGAAGGGCACGAACGAUUAUUAUUACAUGCAAACCCCACGCGAUCUUCCAAUGAAAUGGUAUGCACCAGAGAGCUUAAUAGAUGGUAAAUUUUCAUCACGCUCGGAUGUAUGGUCCUUCGGUGUAACAAUGUAUGAGAUCUUUAGUCUUGGCAAGGAUCCGAAUUUGCCACAGACUGAUCUGGAUAAGAAUACUAUGGAAAAAAGAGAUGAUACUGACAAAACUAUUUUCAUAACACUAGUGGCUCCGUUACAAAGGGGCAUUCGCCUUCCUUGUCCGCCUAAGUGUCCACAAGAAGUGUAUAGACAUCUGAUGUAUCCAUGUUGGAAUUUAGAAAGUCAUAAAAGGCCAUCGUUUGCUACUCUGUGCCGAAGCAUCGAGGAACUGUUAAAUAAAUAUUAAAAAUAUUUCAUUAUCUUCAUUCACGUCUUUACGCGUGAAUUGCUCAUAUAUUUUAUUUUAAAAAUAUAUAGAUAUCCUCCGAUAUUUAUGGACGAUUCUUAAUUCUUAUAAGAUUCUUUCGAUAACAAGAAUGAAGUUGAUUUAUCUUUCGCAAGAAAUUUCUUUAUAAUUUCUCUAUUUCUCUAUUUCUCUAUAAAAAUAGUUUGUCCCUUUUUUCUCUCCAUCCGAGAU